CCCAAAAAAUUCAUUAAAUAAAAAUCAACAACAAGAGAAAAAGAAAUAUUAAAUUAUAAAUCGACAACGAAGGCGAGAGCGAGUACGAAACGAAGAACGUGAAGUGAAGAACGAAGAAAGAAAAUUUUCUUUUUCCAAUUUUUUCGUGUGGAAAAGUUUUAUUUUUUCAUUUAAAAAACUUGUGAAAAUUCUCAGCAUACACAUGAAAAUAAUCUCAAAACGAUAAAUUCCAAUUUUUCAAUAAAAAAAAGGAAUUCCCACAAAAGAAUGCGAAUAAAUGCCGACGUUUUAAGAAAGUGGAGUGUUUGUCGACGCUGUUGAAAAUUCACUGCAAUUGGUUUUCGUGUUUUGGCUCCUCCGUGGAUAAAAGAACCACAAAGAUAGACGCUGUGUGGGGCUGGGCUUCUGCCCCGCUGCGUUUGGCGGCAAACAGAAUGGGCGAUCCACUAUUGGGGGAUCGGCCGCCGUCGCCGGCGCGUCUAUCGCACACCUCAGAGAAGCAUCCCAAGGUGACGCUGUCGGAGUUGAAUCUCCUACGGCGUCACCGUGAGUUGUGCGAUGUUGUGUUGAAUGUAGGUGGGCGUAAAAUCUUUGCCCAUCGUGUGAUCCUGUCAGCAUGCAGUCCCUACUUUAGGGCCAUGUUCACAGGUGAGCUGGAGGAGUCACGACAAACCGAAGUCACCAUACGCGACAUUGACGAGAAUGCCAUGGAACUUUUAAUUGAUUUUUGUUAUACGGCACACAUCAUUGUCGAGGAGUCCAAUGUGCAGACUCUGCUGCCAGCAGCUUGUCUGUUGCAACUGGUUGAGAUCCAGGACAUCUGCUGUGAGUUUCUCAAGCGACAACUGGAUCCGACAAAUUGCCUGGGAAUACGAGCAUUUGCCGAUACACACUCGUGCCGGGAACUGCUGCGUAUUGCUGAUAAAUUCACACAGCACAACUUCCAGGAGGUCAUGGAGAGCGAGGAGUUCCUGUUGUUGCCCGUUGGCCAACUGGUGGAUAUUAUUUGCAGUGAUGAGCUGAAUGUUCGCUCCGAGGAGCAAGUCUUCAAUGCAGUGAUGUCUUGGUUGAAGUACAAUGUCGCUGACAGGAGGCAACAUUUGGCGCAGGUGCUCCAACACGUCCGUUUGCCCCUUCUGAGCCCCAAAUUCCUUGUUGGCACUGUGGGCUCCGACCUACUGGUGCGAUCCGAUGAAGCCUGCCGAGACUUGGUCGAUGAGGCCAAAAAUUAUCUAUUGCUUCCACAAGAACGUCCAUUGAUGCAGGGUCCACGCACUCGUCCCCGGAAGCCCACUCGUCGCGGUGAGGUUCUGUUCGCCGUAGGCGGGUGGUGUUCCGGUGAUGCCAUCGCAUCUGUGGAACGCUUCGAUCCCCAGACCAACGACUGGAAGAUGGUGGCGCCCAUGAGCAAGCGUCGUUGUGGCGUCGGAGUGGCAGUUCUAAAUGACCUACUCUAUGCUGUUGGGGGCCAUGACGGCCAGAGCUAUUUGAACAGCAUCGAGAGAUACGAUCCACAGACGAACCAAUGGUCCUGCGAUGUAGCACCGACUACAUCAUGUCGCACAAGUGUUGGAGUCGCCGUCCUUGAUGGGUUUCUCUAUGCCGUCGGCGGUCAAGAUGGGGUGCAGUGUUUGAACCAUGUCGAGAGAUAUGAUCCCAAAGAAAAUAAAUGGUCAAAGGUUGCUCCAAUGACAACUCGAAGACUUGGGGUUGCAGUCGCCGUUCUUGGAGGCUAUUUGUAUGCUAUUGGUGGCUCAGAUGGACAGUGUCCACUUAACACUGUUGAACGUUAUGAUCCUAGACAAAACAAAUGGUGUGCCGUCAAUCCAAUGUCAACGCGGCGAAAACACUUAGGCUGUGCUGUAUUCAACAAUUACAUUUAUGCCGUUGGCGGACGCGAUGACUGCAUGGAGCUUUCAUCCGCUGAACGAUAUAAUCCACAUACAAAUACCUGGAGUCCGAUUGUUGCAAUGACAUCUAGACGAAGUGGAGUUGGUCUAGCUGUGGUUAAUGGACAAUUGUACGCUGUUGGUGGCUUCGAUGGUUCAGCAUAUUUGAAAACAAUCGAGGUCUAUGAUCCGGAGACAAACCAAUGGCGUCUUUGUGGUUGCAUGAACUACCGUCGUUUGGGUGGCGGUGUUGGCGUCAUGAGGGCUCCACAGACUGAAAAUUACAUGUGGAUUCGCAAAGACUCGGUAGUUUAAAUUCUACUCCAUCUCCAUUUAAUAAAAAUAAACAAAAUAAGAAAUUCCAAAAUCAAAAAAUUAAAAUUAAAAUAAAAGCAUUACACACAAAUUAUAAUCAAUCAUCAUUUUUUUGAUGAACAAAUUCUAAAUAAUACAACGCAAAUGAAAUAUGAACAUGAAAACCGCCAAAAGUGGAGAAUAUUUUGGUCUACCACACAUUGUGUCUCCUCGGAGAGGAAACUCCUAUCGCCCGCCUCCCCCUUUACGUUGUCUUUCUCCUCUUUUAUUUUGUUCUUAUUAGUUCGUAUUCUUACUACCUACCUAGUUUGUAAUGCAUUAUAUAGUUUAUAGUUUAAAUAAAAGAAAAGAAACAACAAAAGAAGGAGAAAGCAGAGAAGGAUGAGAAGAACCGAGCAGUAAUCUAAAUAAAGGACAAACAAAAGAAAGAGGACGAAUUAUUAAAAAUAGAAAAGGAAAAACAAAAAAACUUUAUAAUAUAAGAGCACCAAUAAAUUUAUGACCUGCAAUCAAUGAAGAACUUUUUCUGUUACUCAAGGAAAACCUUUUUGAAAAUGGUUUUCUUCAAAUUUAUCUUUAAAAAGAAAAAAAAACUUUAAUAUAUAUAUAUUUGUAUUUGUAUUUGUAUUUCUACUUUUUUUCUUCUUUUUUUAUUUUUAAUUAUACAUAAAUAUAUAUUAUUGUAAAAUCAUAUUGUAUUUUGUUGAAAAAUUGCUAUACUAUGAUA